GGGACCAAAAGUUUCGAUCAAUCAAGGAUAUCUGACAUAAAAUAUGAUAAUUCUUCGAAAAAUGUCCAGCAAGAUGUAACGUUAAUUUUGUAAGUUAUCCAUACUUCUCUUGUGCCGAAAGCGUCGUACGCCAGUUCCGAAAGAAAUAUCCUUUAAUGAAAAUAGUCUUAUCCUUUCGAACCGUUAGAAAUGGUAAUUUCAACACGAAUGCGUCCAAUUAUUAUUCACUUUUGAAAACUGUCAUGUAUUUGGGUGAAUUUGGGAGUUAUGCUGAGGCUUUGCAAAGUUCUAUAGCGGUCGUUAAGACAAAGUAUUUCAUGCUGGUGGACUCUGAACUUGCUGUUGAUAAAAUGCAGGAGAACUUUUUGGAAACCAUUACUAGCUAUAUGGAAGGUUUCGACAUUAUAGGGGGAUCCAUUGUAGAUAAUAGGAACGAGUUCAAUAUACCUUGUUAUAGCCUCAGGCUAAAAAAUUGGACAUUUUUCGAAAAAUAUGAAUACAAUAUCACCAAUGAACUUCUGCUGUGUGAGUCGACUUCUCCAUACUUUGUAGGUAACACAGGUUAUUUUCAAAAAAGAAUCAGCCAUGUCUUGCCUUUUUUAAAUUUAAGACAGUAUAAAAGAAAGCAAAAUGUCAAUGACUAUUUACCUUUUGUUAACAAGUAUCAUGUCUUUCAUAUUAUCAAACAUGAUGGUGAACAUUAUUCUGUUUGCCAUGGCUCUGAUCCGCUGAUAUGCACUGAAAAAUAUGUUUUCCCGAUGUGGAAGUUACGUCACUGGGCAUACAGUGGGCUGACAGCAUAUCCCUUCAUAAUAGAGCGCUUAACAAACGCAUUGCAUUAUGGGAUCACUCAACUUGAGAAACGCAGACUAUCCUAUGUUUUAGAAGGCGGGACAUUGUUGGGGUUCAUUAAGGUACGAGCAGUGUUACCUUGGGAUUCGGGUGAUGUAGAUACCUUUGUGCAUUCCAAUCGUCGACCAAUCAUAGACCUCGUAAAGAAUAUUGCAUCAAAAGAUCACUACGAAUAUCUUGUUCGUUGGAAUACAGCUCACGUAUAUGUGACACCUCUCAAAGUUGCACGUGAUGGCCUCAUUGUGUAUUCGGUGGUUCGGCGUCAUCCCGGCAAACUGGUGAAGGUUAAAAUACGCGGUAAACUGUUCUCGGCUCCACGAUCCAUGUUUACGUUUAUCAGGGAAUUCUAUGGUUCGUCUUAUUUGGAAAGUCGUAAUCGUUUCGGUAAUGAACGUGUGUCAUGUGGCUACUCGGGACACCAUGCAUGCAUGCCUGAUUGCAGGUGGAAUGGAUGCGGCUCGGGUCGUGGUCAAUUCCCAGGAAUUCUCUCAUGAUCAAUUGUAGGUGAAGAUCGUAGAAGAUAAAGAACUGUAACAGAGCUCCUACACGAUUGGCUAUUAAAAUGUCGCUAAAAUCGAAUGGUACGGAAGUCGUACUGUGAAAAGCACGAUGAGGUUGACGCUUGUAGAACGAUUAUUGGGAUUUACAAAAUUAUAAUAACAGAAAAACACAAAAUUUCAGGACUUUCGAGCGAUUUAUCGCGUCGCUCAUUUAUUUAACCGUUUUGAUGGUGUAGAAUUCGUAUUUUUGAAAGUACGUGCAAAUGCCAGAGUAUAAUUUGAAACUUUAUAAAAAAGAGACUGAGAGUUAAUUAAUUAACAAAUUUUACUUUCACUUUGCUUUUGAUUAAUUAGUUACAAUGAGGUAAUGCAUGACUGAAUUCAUGGAAUUUUGGACAAACGUUAUAUUCAAAAUGUUUAAUACAUUUCCGUGCGCGUAAGGUUACAAAUACACCAAAA